CAAUGCAUGUACAAUAUGCAAUGUUACGUUUUGAAUGAUCAACGAGUUUUAGUUAUGCGCCAGAGCUGCUGCAGCUAAUUACAUCCUACGGGCUACUCGUACAUACGUACGGGAUCAAGAGUAUAAAUAUUUCGAUCUGCGCGUUCUACGCGGGUUGGGGAAAAAAUCAAAAUAGCCAACACUGAAGCGCAUAUAACUGUAAUCAGCGAUCCAACAAAAAAAAAAAACAAAAAACAAUAAUAAGAGCAACAAAAGCUCAGUAGGAGGAAAUAUUAUUGCACAGUUAAAUAUUAUAUGAUUAUAUAUCGCGCGCGCACACACACACACACACACAUACAUAUAUGCACACCCACAUAGACAAAAAAAAAAAAAUGAAAAUGAACAUCCGAGUGUAUUAAUUUAGUGUGGCUUUUCUAUUCAUUUAACCGGCAAUGUUGCUCACGUUUUAAUUAAAAUAUUGCUCAUACUCGCAUCGCAUAUCUUUUACAUUUUUCAUACAAUAAACUAUGAAGAAUUAUUUAAAGUGAAUUUUGUGGUUUUUAUCAACGCAAAUGUACAUAGCAGUUACAUGCAAAUGAGUGAAAACAUACACAAACAAAUGUGCAGGCAUACAUUCAUUUUGUGCAAUUAGACAAAGCGAAGCAAAAAUUUAGUUUAGCAUAAACUUGACAUUCAUUUUAGUGCGCUUAGUCGUCGCGUUCGUCGUCGCGUUCCAUUUUUAUUUCGCUUCCAAGCUAACACAAAAUCAAAAAACAAUAAUAAUAAUUAAUUAUUUACUUGCAUUAAAUUUGUUAAUAAAAUUAUAUCAAUCAAAUACAUAUACAUAGAUACUAUAAAAAACUAAUACUUAGUGAACGCGUAGUGCAAAAUCCGUGCGAAAAAUGGUUUACGAAUCAUCGUAUGAUAGUGGUCGCAGACCUUAUAAGCCUGACCUGACCCGCGGCUAUUGGGCGGCGCCGAGUGAUUUCAUCUACACCUGCAUCAGUUUGGGCUUUCGCAUGGACGUGGUGUCGAUGGGAUGGUUUGUUUAUCAGCAUAUGGGAGGUGCCAUCAUUCCAUACAUCAUUUGCGUGAUUCUCUUUGUGGUGCCAAUUAUGGUAAUACAAUCAUUUAUGGGUCAAUUUUCCAGCAGCGGUUUUAUAUCAGCGUUUCGCAUUUCGCCUAUUUUUAAAGGCUUGGGCUAUAUUAGCUUAUGCGUUAAUUUGGCUGUGCUCUCCUACUACGGCAUGUUCGCUGCUGUGCCACUACUUUACUUAUUUCACUCAUUGCGCCCGACCAUACCUUGGAGCUGUGAAGCAGUAGAGAGUUGGCUGAAAAAUAGCACCGAUACGGAAGUCGAGCACUCCUGCAAGCUAAAAAAUAUGGUAGAGAUAAACGCUAGCAUGGCCAACAGCAAUGAGUCGUACAAAUAUAUAGGCUAUGAAGUGCCUUCAGUUUUGUUCUUCAACUCAAUUUUCGGUGGUGACGACCUAAUGGAGAACUAUGAGUAUGACAGCCCCUUUAUGUUCUCUUGGGAGCUGCUUCUUUGUACACUGCUUAGCUGGGCUAUAAUAGCUGGUGUCUUCUAUCGCUUCUACAAUACUGAGUUG